CUUGCACACACGUCACAGAUUACGUUGUCCGAUACAAACACCGCUCGUACUACUAGGUUCAAGGGGAGCCAGCCAGAUCGCCGUCUCGUUCGUUCACUAUUUAUAGUUCCUCGACUAUUCAGAUAUUUGCGCUCAGUGCAGAAAUGUCCGGAGUCGCGAACGACCAAAAACCCGCGCGGCCCUCCCAGAGUGCUUCCCGGAGGAAAAGCGCUCGGGAGAGGAAAUUGCGCGCUUGCAGCGGGCCGACACUUUACCCCAGUGAAAAUCGAAGCUGCGAUCUAUCUGUGACACGGACAAAUUAAAACCAUCGACGGCGAACUCAUUAGACGGUGCAAUCCGCGCAAUCGACACACACGCGAACUUAUGCAACAUUUUUCAACAUCAACCGCCUGCUUACACAGUGAUGUUCAGUGAUCAUUUUACAGUGCGUGAAAGUGACCGGUGUGUUGUGUCUUGUUCAGUGAAUUAACUCCUAACCACGUUACGUUAUUUAUUUCUGUUCGGAAAACAAAAUUGACAUUGGUGCUAUUUUGAAGUGAAUGCCGGAUUGUUUUGGUUGGCAUGGCGCCAGAAUGUACAAGAACAGCUGACUGUAAACAAACAAUUUGCGUCUUGUGGACAAUAGUUUGCAUAAUAUUUUAAAUACUUCCUGAUAUUACAUUGUAAUCUUCAGACAAAAUACUUAAAAUGGCGGGCAAAGACGAUUCCAGUGAUAGUGACGGUCCUAUAAUUGACGAUAACAUUAUUCGAAUACAAUUAAGAAAACCAAAUCAAAGAAAAUGGGAAUUACGAACUCGAAAUCUUUCCCCAGGGAUGAAAUUUCCAACCGUACAACUUUUUGAUUGCGAUGGAAAUCUUCUCGUUGAAACAAACGAUGAAAAUAUUUCUAUUAAAAGCUCUGACUUUGAUGAUUGUAUGUUGAAAACAUCUCAAUCAAUGAAAGAAAAAGAUUUCCGACACAUAAUAGCCAGGAAACCUGUCAAAAAGCACAACACAAUUUCGGGAGAUAAAGUAUACACUCGAGUUUAUCGGACUCCUGUAAACAUAAACGAUGACAUAAAAAAUAAUAAUGAGCGGUACAUAAUACGAAGCAGUAACAGUGUGUCAAACAUUCCAAGUAAACUCACAUUAAACAACUUUACUAAUUUAGAAACAAAUAGCCUCCAGACCAGCCCCUUUCACUCGGAGGGUCUGAGUGAAAUAAGCAGUUACAAAAGUUCUGACAACGAAACUUGUAACGGAAUAAAUCAAUCGCCCGAGACACAUAAAGAAAAUCUGGGAAACCAUUCAGAGAAUUUAAUCGAAACUCCGAACAGUCCCUUUUCGUCACUUUCUUCAUUAAGUGACAUUAAUCAGGUAAUCGAUGACAUUUCAUCUAAUAAGGAAAACGAACCUGAUUUGGUACUUCAUAAAUCUCGAUCUUUCAAUGAUGCUACGCUAAGCGGGUGCGCGAAAGGAUGCGAAAACGAUAAUUUGCCGCGUUCUAAAUCCGGCGUUGUGUACAAUCCCCCACACAAUAAAAUAUCUUUCCUGAACACUUACUUAAAAAGCUUACGAGCUCGAGUGAGCUCUAAUCCGGAUUGGUUCGCUCUACAUCGCCGCCGAACAAUCGAAUAUGCUCCAAAUUCACGCGCGGCACCUAAGCGUCAGGAUUUUUCGAAAAUUGCCUUUGAAAAGCGUCCUACUUGCAAAAUAGGAGAUAUGACGCCAGACAACGAAUUAAUUAAUAUAGGACCGGACGAUGCGGUACAUUCUGAAAUGAGGAAACGUUUGAAAAUGUAUAGACGUGGUAUAUCAGAGAUCGCGCCUAAGCAUAGGAACACGGGGGUAUUUACGAAAACGAGAAGACAUUCUGUGAGUGGCACGUUUCAAGUCGUUCAUACUUCCUCCUCGGAGAGUGUGGAUGAAGCUGACGUAGUACUUAACCGCUUGAAGAGGAGGAUACUCAGGAAUAAGUUGAGAGAGAAAAGACGGAGCCUCGGCGCAAAGUUUCAAUUCAGUGCGAACAACUGCGGACAGAGUAACGUUGAAAAGGAAGACCGGCGAGAUGCGGGCGGCGGGGCCCCCGUGAGGUCCCGCCAAGCUAUGGGCUCGAACAUCAGCCAGCACUCCGCCAAAGGACUGAAAGGGCGGCGAGCUCGCUCCAGCGGCGACCUCUGCAAUGGCGACACCAAGUCUCAAACAGAAUCGUCAGUGUGUGGCUCUGUGGUGGGUGAUGUUAUGGGCUGGAAUCGGUCCCUGCCAAACCAUCUAGACGGGAACAGACAUUUGGCGGACUACAGCCGGGUUAACAACAAUUACGGGGAGUUCGGGACCUAUAACCGCUGCCAUCCGAAGGGCGGACGCGGUCUGCGGUACAGAGUUAGCAAGUCCGGUUCCGACGCAGAACCAGUUUGGAAGCUCCAAGACCCUGGCUUCGACCAGGGUUACGGUUCGGAACGUUCACCAGAAGACGAUUACGUUCCUCCGAUAGCACCAGCGAUAUCUCUCGAGGCUUACGAAGCAGAGCUGCGGUCUAUCUACCCAUUCAUCAAUGAUGAAAACUCUUUCACAGUAGUAGUAGAAAAAGAUGGCCGCGGUCUUGGAAUGUCAGUAUGUGGCGGUGGUGGCUUAGUGAGGAUACGAAGACUUUACCCCCCUCAACCGGCGUGGAGGACUGGCAGACUCGCCCCCAAAGACCUACUCUUAUCCGCUAACGGAGUUCCCCUUGCCGGACUUAGCACCUACGAAGCCCUCGAGGUGCUCCGGACGGCGUCGCCUCGGGUGGAGCUGCGCGUGUGUCGGCCACCAGCAGACGUGCUCGACAGCGUCACGCCGCCGGAGCCGCCGACACCACCGGCCCGCACCCCACACCCGCCCCACCUCCCGCCGCUAGACCCCCUCAACUGUCACCCCAUGCAUGCCAGACUGUCUCAGACGACGAGCAGCGCGACCACGUCGUCGUCGGAGGGGCGCGGGCGGCGCGAGGCGAGCCCGGAGCCCGACCGACGCGAUCUGCGACUGCCGGACCUCGACCGUCCACUGCCUGUUUACGACGUGCAAUACGGGGAGUUCGAUAUAGUAAUGACCAAAGUAAACGGUUCUUUGGGCUUUACACUUCGGAAGGAGGACCACAGCGCUUUGGGGCAUUACGUCAGAGCUCUGGUGAGGGAACCUGCGCUCAGUGAUGGGAGGAUACAACCCGGCGAUAGGAUUGUUGCUGUGAACGACACAGCGAUGUCUAACAUGUCGCACGCGGAGGCGGUAGCGUUCUUACGAGCUUGUGGCUCCGAGGUGCGCCUGCGCCUGUACCGCGAUCACGCAGCCACGCCGCUAUCGCCAAUGUCACCGAGAGAAGAGCCUACGGACUCAGACGCGCCUAUGAAUAGGCCUAAACCCCCGCUGAGGCCUGAAGCAGUAUCAAUGUUGUGCGACCUGGCCGCUCGGCGCCUCACCCCUGAUGCUGCAGACGGUUCCCGAUCACCCUGUCUCUCACCCCGCAAGUACCGCAAGCUGACGAAGGAUAACAACCACUACGAACAGCCCAAUGUGCCUCCCCACGGAUACGAGUUAAACAAUUUGGACAAUGACACUCUGGACGCUCCGAACGUGUACCAGGAGGACAUGUCACGUCAGAGGUACACGGAGCCAGUUUUCCCCGUGGACUCUGACGAGCCAGUGUCGAUGCCUGUGGAACUGCUGAGCGACGAGGCGCGGUUCAAACAUGCGAACCCUGCUUAUCAAAGUGCAGUGCUCCAUACAACUAGCAGCGAUGGGCAUACGACUAGUUCAGAGAGCCACAAAGAUGAUGGUAACGGUUUGAAGAAAUGGAAAGGCGUGGCAUUGUCUCCCGACAACGAGCGUAAGGUGAAGACGGAUCCUCCCCCCCAACCCAAACCCAAGGAAACCGAUCCCGUCCAAAAAGAAAACGUCAAACCUGAACCGCCUAAAGAUGACACGUGUAAUGAACCUACGAUAGUAACAGUGGAACUGAAUCGUGGUUGGAACAGUCGACUGGGUUUUAGUGUUCAGAGUCAUCCUGAGUCUGGUCAAAGCUACAUCUCGGCUGUGUACAACGACAGUGUGGCCGCUCGAGAUGGACGACUGAGGAGGGGUGAUGUGAUACUGCAGGUCAACGAUGAGAACGUGACAUCAAUGAAGACACCAGAAGUGAUCGACCUGCUGCGAAUAUUAAGAGGCUCAAUUUGCAUCACUGUACUACGGCCACCGAACCCACAGUGAACAAAUACUACCUGUGUAUUAUAUGGAUGAAGCUCACCCCUAGGCCUCGAAGGAACAGGUCUAGCUGGAGAAGUGGCAGUCGCCCCGUCGGCUAUACCGAGCUACGGGCGAAAUACUUAGAAAAAGUAAAACAACAUAAAUGAAUCUCUAUCCAACACAAUUCGUCGAUGUACCUUCAUGACAUUUAACAUUCUAUAAAAAUAAAUAAUUGAAAUAUAAAGCAACACAUUCGACAUUCGAGAGAAUCUUCACAAUAUUCAUAAGUUACUUCUUUGAUUUGCAAAGUCGAAUAUUUAAUGUAUUGUGUAUAUCUAUAGAUAGAAGAUUCGGUUAUAUUAUCGUGUAUUUUUUAUAAUAUAUUCAGGAGAUUUUGAAUCAUCAUAGCUUCAUUAUUGAAUCUUACAUGUGUAAUGUAUAUAAGCCAUACUAUCUACUCUAAUACAUGCUGUUUUGUUAAAGUUCCUAAUAGAGAAUCGUGCUAAACUUAUGUCUCCGUCGUAAAUUAUAAAUUUCAUAUACUUAAUAAGUUACCUAAUAAAAUAAUUUAUUUUCGGAAAGAUCUCUGUAGCUAUUUCAUAGACAAUUGAUUAAGAAUAUAAAAACUAUGUAUAUUUAAAUCAUUAUAUUUAUUUAUCUAUCUUACCCGACCAAUAUAGAUACUCAAAUUUAGUCUUUAAAAAAAAAUGUAUUCUAUUUUAUUUGAAAACAUUGAAAAGGCAAUAACAGCGUUUAUUUAGACUAAUGACUAUUAAAAUUAUGGAACUUUAAAAUUAUUAUAUUCUUAUUAGAAAUUGACUUACAAAGUAGAGUUUUUAAAUAUAAGAAACAAAUUAAGGCGUCUGGCGGCCUACAAACGUGCAAAGUCCCUUGCCUAAUAAAAAGUAGACUAUGUUAUAGUAGAAAAUAUUAAAAUGUCAUGAAGUAUAGCAUUCCAAGAGGUUAGCCUUUGUAAAUAAUGUAAAGUUAAAAGACAGUUUACGUAGUUGUUUCGAUGUUAGGUUACGAACAAUUGUCAAAUGCAACAAAUAAGAAGCGAAAAAAGUUUUUAGUAUUUUUAUGGUUCGAUAAUAUUUUGCUCAAAUAUUAUAUUAUCUGUAGUGAGACCACGAUGGCAGCUUUGACAAUUGUACGUAGCGUAAUGUAACCACGUUUUAUUAACAUAUUCGUAGCGUCACGAGAUUAUUAUCGUGUAGGUUUCAUGGACACACAGGUUGUGUGUUCCAUGCGAUCUAUCCAGAUCUCUGGGCAAUAAUUAUAAAAGUACACGAGUUUGUCGAAAUACGCUAGAUUGACAAACAUAACUAAAACAUUUGAGUUAGAUUGCUAAUAAAAUUAAAAAAUAUUGCAUUAUACGCUAUACUUCCUAUAGGCACUGAUUAUAAAUUCUAGUCAAAUCUAAAUUUUAAUUGAAAUUAUUACACGGUUAGCCUUUGAAAAAUAUUAUAUUAUAUUGAAUUAAAAACAGUAGUUAAAUUAUAUUCUUACAUAAAUAAAUAAAUAAAAUAAAAUAUUAUACAAUAUUCACACUUUUGAUUUGUCAUAAGGUGUCUACUUGUUAUGAACUUGAAAGAUUUUAUCAACAAAUCUAUUUUAAUAUUAACGAUGCUAGGCUUAAGUCGAUAGAAUAAUUGUUUAGAGAAGUACCUAUAAAGAAGAUCAUUACCCACAAAACAAGCUGAACGAAACAAUCAACUGAUAUUCUAAAGUAAUUGUGAUGGAAUUGUGUUAGUUUAACCGUGUAUCGUACGUACUAGACUAAAUUAUGUGGAACUAUUUAGGUGCAGAUUGGCCCAGCGAACCAACUUCGUAGGUAUAACGCAUUCUGAUAUCACUCAGAAAUAAUAUGUAAAUUAAAUGCGAAUAUACUAAAAAUAUUAAAAGAUUUAACGCACCUGAGUUUUCUCAUCAAUACUAUUUUAUGGUAAAAAUGUAACUUUGUACAAAUUACUAGCGCUAAAAGCGAUUUUACUAUGAAAAAGAAUUGGCAACGUUUUAAUUUUCAUACAUUGAUAUACGAAAUGCUAGGUUUCGCAAUGACCUCAUAGAAUAAAUGGGUAAAUAAUUCGAAGACUAUCAGAAAUGUAUGAAGACAAAGCAAUGAGUAAUCACGAUGAUAACAGUCAUGCAGUCUUGCAGAACAUACUCCGUGUCACGAACUUCGUGACACUCAAGUCUUGUCACCCUUUAACGUGUUAGGACUUACAAUAAGAACAAGUUUAUUAUCCAUUGUAAAAUACGGGGUUAAUAUUUUUUCCUAUUCGAUUUUCAAAUCAGAAAGCGUUGGGUGAAGUUCAUAGUUUAUAUUUGUCAUUUUAUUUUUAAAUUUAGAAUGUAUAGGUACCAUUAGAGCCCAAAUGACGAAUAAAUUUUAUUACUUCCGAAUGUGGUGUGAUAAAAACUGUUUCAAUUAAUUUGGUUUUAAUAGAAAUAUAUUUUUUUGUUAUAUUUUAUUCUUACCCGUUUUCAAAAUCAAUUAAAGUAAUUCUGGUAGUCACGAAAUAUUUACUCAUAUAACCUCAUCAUAUUCCCAUACAGGUAACUGGUGCUUCGAUCACGAUUGCACAGCGCUUGCUAGUCUCAUGCCUUAAUAAAGUCUGGGCCGUAGCUAUGAUGAAGAUAAAUAAAUAAAUACAUUCACAAAGUGUCGUGUCAGUCAUAGAAAUGUUAAUGGAAUGUACGAUAAACUUAAUUAC